AUGAAGCCUAGAAGCCGUGAUGACUUUACGAUCGCAAUUAUGUGCGCCCUUACGCUCGAGGCUGACGCGGUCGAAGCACUGUUUGACGAGAUCUAUGACCGAAUGAGUGAGUUCUACGGUAAACUGCCCGGGGACGCGAAUUCAUAUAUAAACGGAAGAAUAGACCAGCACAAUGUUGUGUUGUGUUUUGUACCAGGAUCAGGACAAGGAAGAGCAGGAAAAGUCAGUGCUGCAAGUGUAACUUCAAGCCUUAAUGUCAGUUACCCUAGUAUCCAGCUUGCACUUGUUGUUGGAAUUUGCGGAGGUGUUCCAUACCCGUCUGAAAAUCCGGAAAUAUUCCUGGGCGACGUCGUUAUCAGCAAUGAAACGGUGGAGUAUGAUUUUGGGAAGCAAUAUCCGGGUGAAUUCCAGCAGAAGAUAAUGGAGGUACUCAGGAAGCCAAAUCGACCUACUAGGACCUUUUUGGCCCAGCUUCAAAAUGGCAAAACACAAGAAAUAUUCCAGGAUCAAAUGUCCCAGCAUCUUCAGGCUAUCCAAAAAUCUGAUACUAGAUGGCAGCACCCGGGAUUGACGCAUGGCAUUCAUGAUGUUCUCUUCGAAGCUUCUUACCAUCAUAAGCAUUAUGGCCAAACUGGAGCCAUCAAGCAAUGCCUUUGUUUCAAUCGUGGCUCUCCUAAGGCCAUUUGUGAGGAGGCUCUAACGGAAGACUGCGAUAGUCUGGGCUGCGGCCAGGAUCAUGUUAGUCGUUCUCGCCAGGACACGCCGAAACCAUCUAUCCAUAUUGGGAGGAUUGGAUGCGCUGAUACGGUGAUGAAGUCCGGAGAGCACCGCGAUAAGUUAGCUCAAGAUGGUAAGAUCAUUGGGUUUGAAAUGGAGGGGCCUGGGGCAUGGGACAAUGUAUCAUCAUGCAUUAUCAUCAAGGGGGUGUCCGACUAUGCAGACAGCCAUAAGAGCAAGAGGUGGCAAGAUUAUGCAGCCGCAGUUGGUGCUUCAGCGGCUAAAGCGCUACUAAAACAAUGGAGACCCAAAAUAACCAAUGGCUACUGGACGGUUCCAUUUAUCAGAAAUGUGGACUUCGCGGGCCGUCAAACUGACCUCAAUAAGCUGGAGGGGUACCUGUCAAUGUCCAACGGACCAAGGAAACUAGCAAUUGCAGGACUUGGAGGAGUUGGAAAGACCCAAACAGCCCUAGAGCUAGCCUACCGCAUACGUGAAAGAGAUCCUCUAUGCUCGAUAUUUUGGAUUUCCUGCACAAGUACGGAAAGAAUUGAGAAAGGUUAUGUUGAUAUCGCUCAGGCGCUCGGGCAAAAGUUGAAACCAGCAGAGGCAAAGGAGCACGUAAACGCCUACUUGAGCGGCAAGAAAGCAGGAAGGUGGCUUCUUAUUUUUGAUAGUGUCGACGACAUGAGCAUAGGUACUGCAUUGAAAGACAGCCUCCCAUACAGCGAGCAAGGGCAUGUUCUCUUCACCACACGCAACCGGCAGCUGGCUGUGGAGGUUGCAUCGUCCUAUGUCAUGCCAAUUUUCAAACCAGAUGAACGGACUGCCACUGAGAUUCUACACAAAUUAAUCGCCGAAAAAAGUCUUCUGGAUGAUAAAGAUGCAGCCGUCGCGCUCCUCAAACAACUGGCCUUCCUCCCCCUGGAAAUCGCCCAAGCUGCAGCUUAUAUUAAUAAAAAUUACCCCAUUGCCACAAUCUCUAGCUACUUACAGCUUUUGCGUGAGCAAGAAUCCGAAAGACUUUGA